AAAACAUAACCUCACUUUAGAGUCAAAAUGAAUUCUUUGUUGAGAAUCGUAAAGAAUGCCCCUAAUAUAAAAAAUAUUCAGGCUAGGGGUGUGUCUCUGACGACACAGUUAAAUUUAAAAGAAAUUCGUGAGGUGCAAGAAGGUAAAACUUUGACUAUAUACGGUGAAACUGUGCCUUCACCAAGGGAACCUUACUUAAUUAAGAACGAAAACCCCCAUGUUUGCCCUCUGUGUGCUUUAGGAAUGGAAGUUAAACAUACUGAUGUGUUAAUUUUAAGUCAAUUUUUAAGAUCAGAUGGUUGUAUGCUACCAAAAAGAAUUACAGGGUUGUGUAAUAAGCAACAAAAAAAAAUUUCGUCUUUAGUUACUAUGGCACAGAAAGCAGGUUUGAUGCCAAAUUUAAACCCUGCAAAUAGUAAGAAAGAUCCUUCAAAGAGAUUUCAGUGGAAGAAAUAUAAUAAAUACUUUGACGAAAGUACCAUAGAUCAGAAAAAAAACCAUAAAAAAUUAAUAGAGUUUUCGUAAUUUUGUUAAUAAUGUAAUAGGUGAAUAAUAAGGA